UGAUUGUAAAAUGUAAAUAUUGAGGUCAUGUGACUGUACGUCAGUGCAUUCGUUUUGUUGACUACUACGACUACUACCCAGCUUUUGACGUCAUCAAUCUUUUUUGUUCUUUUAUUUCUCCGUGUCUUAGAGUUUAGAUUAUGAUGUUUUCUAACCAACUAACCUACAUACUUUCGUUUCUUGAAUGAAGAAACGUAACUUUGUAGAGCAUGAAACGCGGCCAACGAGCUUGUUGGUCCGUCGGUCUCACGGUGUGGUCGGUCCGUAGCCAUGGAACUGAAUAAAUGAACACACCCUUAAAGAGCAUAAUGAAUGUGUUUUGGAACGUGGUUUGGAAGCUGCCUGUGCGCUACAGUAGAAAUUUAUGUGGUAUAAAACUGUUCUAGGAGUCUGAUUGCUACAAAAAUGGCAAAGCAGUUCGCAGUGCCAACUCUCGACAGCCUUGAAGAGGAAGAACACGUAUCGGUCAGGAAGUAUUUCCGAGCUGGCGGUUCGAACGAACCCGGUCAAAAUGCUGUCCAGCCAGAAUCGGCGCCAAAAGUAUCGAACACCCCAAGUCCUGCAAGCCUAGGGUCAGCCGGCGUCUCUAAACCCCAAGACAACGUGCAGACCCAUGCUUCGACCGAAAAGACUCCAGAAUCACCGGUGAAGGCGCCAACAAAGACCAACACCAUCAUCGUGAGUGCAAGGCAGAAAGGAAAUCCACUGUUGAAGCACAUUCGUAACGUGCCCUGGGAGUUUGGAGACAUAGAGCCAGAUUACAUCAUGGGUCAGAGCACAUGCGCCCUCUACCUCAGCCUCAGGUAUUACAACCUGUUUCCCAACUACAUUCACCAGCGGCUGAGGUCGCUUGGGAAGUCGUUUGAGGUCCGCAUUCUGCUCGUCCAAGUCGACGCGUCUGAUCCCCACUCGGCACUACGAGAGCUGUCCCAAAUUUCGAUCAUGGGCGAGUGCACGCUAAUGUUGGCUUGGAGCGCUGAGGAGGCCGGCAGGCACAUAGAAACCUACAAGGUGUUCGAAUCCAAGUCUGCAGAUCUGCUCAUGGAGAAAUCGGAAGAUGACGUCUUUGGAAAGCUGGUUGACAGCUUGUCGUCGGUGAAAUCCAUCAACAGACCAGAUGCUGUGACAUUACUGACGUCAUUUGGGACACUUGAGAAAAUUUCAAAAGCGAGCAAGGAGGAGCUCUCUUUUCACCCGGGAAUGGGAAUGCAGAAGGCGAGUCGGCUUUAUGACGUUUUACACCAGCCAUUCCUGAAGCAGAGCACGACACAGCAGUAAUGUGACGUUUUAUGAAAACUUUUUUUUUUAUUUCUUUGGCAAUAAAGUUGUUCUUGUACAGCGAA